AUGGCACCCAGGCGGAAAGCUAAAGUGGGAAAUCCCGAGACUGGAGAGAAAGAAACCAAGACAGCUGAUUCCCAAUCCCUGGUAGUUGCAAAUGAAAUCCUGGAUUUGUUCAAAGAAAGUUUCAGCGACACUUUGUCGCUAGAUCCGCCAGAGUUACAGGAAAGAAUCCAAUCAGUCAAAACUUCUCUCUUUGAUAGGAAUUAUAUGGAAGCAUUUGGCAGUGAAGAAAAUCUAGAAGCAUAUGUAGUGAGAUGGACUCCUUCAAGAGCUCUCUCAUACAGCCAUUUAUUUUCCAGUAUCACACCCAUCAGAGACCUAUUGACAGAAUCACCUGCUUCUGGUCAGGGCGAAACCAAGCGUCGUGUCCUAUCAAUAGGAGGAGGUGCUGGUGCUGAAAUCGUUGGUGUAUCUUCUGUGUCGUUGUUAAGAAAUAGAAGUAAAGAGAUCAAUGAAAACAACCGACUUUCAAUUGACCUGCUGGCUGUUGAUGUAGCCAAGUGGGAUAAUGUGGUAAAUAGGUUGGAUGGGUAUGUUCAGAAGUACUGGCCCCAGUGGGGACGAAUGAAUGGUACCUCUGAACUAGAAAAGGACAGUCCGUUAUCCAUAUCGUUCCUCAACCAUGACAUUCUUACUAUAUCAUCGGCAGAAAUCCAACUUGAGACUCUGGAUCUCAUUACAUGCAUGUUCACGACGAAUGAGCUUUUCGCAUCAUCCAAAGCUGGCACUGUCAAAUUUCUUCACUCACUGUCCAGCUGUAAACCAGGUGCUUUACUACUCAUAGUAGAAAGUGCAGGUUCAUACUCGGAAAUCCAAAUUGGCAGCAAAACCUUCCCGGUGCAGUUCCUCAUCGAUCACACUCUGACCAGUAAUAAGAACUGGGCCAUCAUAGACUCCGAAGAUUCUCGCUGGUAUCGGGUUCCUGACGGACUCAAGUAUCCUCUUAAGCUCGAGAACAUGAGAUUCUUCUUCAAGCUCUAUAGACGACUAUAA